AUGAAGGUCUUCAUCCUCUCCUGCCUGCUGGCAGUUGCCUCUGUGCAGUCCGUCGUCGCCCAGGUUCUGAUCGCCCCCGAAGCCGCCAACGCCACUAUUUCCGACUCUGCCCUUCUCAAAUCCGCCAAACCCUCUAUCACGACCCUCAGCAGCGUCCAGGUCCUUGCCGAGAACGAUCUCGAAGUUGGUGGUGCCAAGUACCCCUUCAUCCUCCUCCCCAAUGGCCACACCGCUGCCCUCAGUGCCCGUGGCUGUCAAAAGUUGGGCGAGCAGCUUUACACAGUCCAGGAUCAUGCCCUCCCCUCGGUCCAGAAAAUGCUCGCCAAGCACGCAGGAAAGUCAACUCGAUUCUACAUUGGCAGCGGUAGGAACACCACUACUUCCUGCAGUGUCCUGACCAUGACCAAGGGUGUUGCAUCCAUCAACAACAAGGCUUCCUGCAAAGCCUCCCUCCCUGCUCUCUGCUCCAACACCAACACCAAGGGCAGCACUGUCACAGUUCAGGCUAGCCUCGGUCGUUUGACCGGUCUUCGCGACAAGCACGGUUUCCGCUUCAACGGUAUCCGUUAUGCUCAACCACCUACUGGUAAGCGUCGUUUCGCUGCCCCUGUUCCUAUCACUACUCGUUGGAACAACAAUGUUGAUGCCACCAAGCUUGGAGGCAUCUGCCCUCAGCCUGCUGGCGGUAGCGAUGACUGUCUGUUCUUGAACGUCUUUACUCCCAAGUUGAAUGCCGGCAAGUCCGGUCUCUUGCCCGUUAUGUUCUAUAUUCAUGGCGGUUCAUUCAUCAACGGAGCAGGAAGCGAUCCCUCCUUCGACGGCGCCAACAUGGCCUCCCGCGGGCAAGUAGUCAUCGUCACCAUCAACUAUCGUCUCGGUAUUUUUGGAUUCUUUGAGCGCGUCGACGCCGGCAUCUCCCGCAAGACCAUCCCCGGAAACCAAGGUGUCCGCGACCAGCUCCUGGCCCUGAAAUGGGUCCAGGAUAACAUUGCCAGCUUUGGAGGCGACCCCCGUCAGGUCACGGCCUUCGGAGAGUCUGCAGGCGGACACUCUAUCCGUGCCUUGCUUUCCAUGCCCGUCGCUGCCAAGGGUCUCUUCCGCGCCGCCAUUGCCCAGUCUGACCCCCUCGAUAUCCCCUUCAACACUGCUAAAUCUGCCUCCCAGGUCGUCUCGGGCGGGAUUAUGAAGAUCCUCGGCUGUGCCGACAAGGACAUCAACUGCAUGCGCUCCAAGAACACCACCGAGAUCAUUCGUGCCCAGACCGCCGUUGUCAGCCAAGCCAUCGCCUUGGCCCCUGAAGAAUCCUUCAUGGAGUUGAUCAAACCCACCGUCGACGGGAUCCUCAUCCACAACCAAUUCGACCAACUCAUCGCCGGCAAGAACGGUGGUGUUGUCCGGGUCCCCUUCAUGAUCGGAACCAUGAAGAACGAAGGCAACGGCUUCUUGCCCUCCCUAGGCCAAACCACACCCGUCAGAGACAUCGUCUUUGGAAUCACCGCCGACGCCUUCCUGGGCUACCAACGCGCCAUGAUCACCGCCGCCUACAAUCUCUACCCCAUCGACGACUCCAUCCCAGACGCCACCCGGAUUGUCGAGGGCCUCCUGGCCUCAGACUACCUCUGGAUCUGCCCAACCCAGUUCAUCACCAAGGCAUGGGCCACCCAAGUCAAGACCCCUCUUUAUCACUACCAGUUCCAGCGCGCCUACUCCCCAACCCGCCCUGUCUCAGAUAUCUGCCACGGCCUUGUCUGCCACGGUGACGAUAUCGGUAUUGUCUUUGCCAGCCCUGCGGUGCUGAACAACCCUUCAGAGUACCCCUGGACCAGCGACGAUGCUGCUCUGUCCAGACAGGUCAUGGACCGCUGGAUCGCCUUUGGUGUCACCGGCGGUAACCCUAACACUUCGGAUGAGUACCCUGCUUGGCCUUUGUAUGAUGCUACCAAACAGAGCAUUUAUAUGUUUGACCUCAAGCCCACCAUCUCCACUGGCGGCCUCCGUCCUCAGUUCUGUGGCUUCAUGGAUCAGGCCCUCAAGUACGAUUUCCAGCUUUACGUGUAA